UCAAUUUUCACAGGGCUGACAUUAAUCAUUUUUGUACAAUACAUCUUAUUUGUCCGCUAUUCUCCCAAGCACUUAAUUCAAAUAUUUUUUCAAAUGUGUCAAAAUUAAACCUACUCGGUCGUCAAAAAGAAAAACACCACACAGAAAUUUUUUCACCUGAUUACCCCCUUCACCGUGACGACAUAGAUUUUUUUUUGGUCUAAAUCAAAUAUGACAAUUUAAUAUUUAGUCAUUUUACUGUCGGGGGCUGGGAACUAAAAGAGACCGCUAUCGUUGAGAGCAGCCGAUCGUGGCGUGAGACGGAACUUUUGUUGAAAGUAAGUCAGUCGUGGAAAGCGCUUAUAAGACAGGACAUCUAGCUAACUGUUCCCCAGUCUCCCCCUUGUUUUUUCCGCGUGUAAAUCGGACGUUUAAAUGAAGCAAUUACAAUUUAAUAAAUUUCGAAGAAAAUUUUUAUUUUCCGUACAAUGAACGACUAUGAAAUUUAAAGAUUUCUGGGAAAGAGUUUUGGCACUGUGUUUUGGAUUUCUGUGUUCGAUACAAUAUUCUGAUGGCCGGAAAUGGUCGGUAAUCAAUAGCGGUGUGAACAAAAAAUUUGUGAGUGUACAAUACAACAGCACAAGACAUGACCGACAGCUUCGGAUUGCGUUCAAAGGUAUCCUGAUGCUGGAGACCACGGCCUUUCUAAACUCCAUCUAUGAAACAAAAUUGCAUCAAAUUACGGAUGGAACCAAAUUAAUACAGACGGUCUCCCAAAAUGGUGUUGUGAAAGACUGUGAUUUCAGCGUCAACAACAGUACCAUUUUACAGUUUGUGCAAGAUUUUGCCAACGACUUUAAAAUUUAUUACCGAAAAGAGGAAGGCAACGUGUUUUCUGUGUAUAAUUCCACGGCAGAUCCCACAAACGCAAGUGCUCUUCAAUUUUUUCGAAGAAGGAAGUUUUUGAAGCAGUUCAGAAAUCUAAUUAAAAUUAGACAUGACACUAAAGUUUGCCACCGAAUCGCAAACAAAAUCAAACGAGCUCAUCGUCUUCCAAAGGAAGAAAACAUUCCGGUGAAAAUUGACGAUUCUUCUCGGAUCCCCAAGGGAUGGAUAAAACGAAGUGGACGCACAAAACGGUCCUCCCUGUUCGCCAGCUUUCUGAUGUACCCCGGUACAAAGUGGUGUGGGAGGGGACAGUUAGCGACUGAGUACGAGGAGCUGGGCGACGAUAAUGAACUGGACGUCUGCUGCAGGGACCAUGACUUCUGUCCCCUCAUCAUUGAGCCCUUCACCAAAAAGUUCCACUACUUCAACUACCGCUUCCAUGCAGUGUUACACUGUAAAUGCGACGAAGAAUUUCGCAAUUGUCUUCAGCAGUCCUUGUCGCCAAAUGCCAACUUCUUGGGCAAGAUCUAUUUCAACAUUAUGGGAUCAAAGUGUUUCGUAUUGAAAGAAAAGCCCGUGUGUAAAGCAUACACGUGGUACGGAAGUUGCGCAGGAUACAAAAUGGACACCGUUGCGCAGAUCAAGACGCAACGUUAUUUCACCUUUGUCUAGACUUGGAUAAACAGACAUCCGUACCAUUACAUAGCCUUCUCAGGAAUCAUUCCGUGAACAAUACUGACAAAUUGUUUUCUACCAUUUUACGUUCAAUUUUGUUUUGAAAUAUAUUUAUUAAACCACUGACCAAAAUUUGAUUAUUUCUUGAAUAAAAUCAGUUAAAAGCCUUGUUAGAA